AAGUUCAGUAAGGCUGGCGCAUCCCAGCACCUACCUAGUCAAACCGACCCAUCAAAGCCACUUCAAGCUACCGACGGUUGUCACCGACACGAUGCUCCACGAAAUCCUCCUCUCCCUCUCGGGGCAUCCUUCCCCUCUCCUCCGCUCGGCCCUCUCCUCCUCCUCCUCCUCCUCCUCCUCAACCAACGACAAUAACAUCAACAACACCGACCUCUCCACCGCGGUUCACGGCAUCCUCUCCCCGCCCGAACGCGCCCUCCUCCAGUCCCUCGCCCGCCUCAGCGACCUGCACGUCCACCUCCUCACGUCCACCUCCCACAUCGCCUCUUGCCACGCCUCCGUCAUAUGCCGCGCGGUCGCGUCCGCGAUCGACUCCCUACACCUCGCAGCGUUCCGCAGGAAGGUGCUGGAGGUGGAAUCCACCAUCCUCCAAAAGGACGCCGCGCUGGUCGGCGCGUACAACAUCGUCCCGCUGACGGCGGUCGUCGCCGAGUUUGACGGGUGGGCGCGGACGCUGGAGUGGCUGACUGGUGUUGUGCAGCUGAUGGAUGCGGGCUGCACGGGCGCCAAGGUGGUGGAUUUCUUGCGGGCGGAGCUGCAGACCGGGUAUCGGGAUGUGGAACAGACGGCGCGGAGCCUGGUCGCUGUCGCGGAGGCCGCGUGGGUGAAGCAGGUGUCGGCGUGGGUGCUCUAUGGGAGGGUGCCGGGGCUUGGGGAGGGGGACUUCUUCAUCGUUGCGCGCAGGAGAAGGGGUGCGGGGAAGGAGGGCGCGGAGGUGGAGGGUGAUAGCGCUGACGGGGAGGAGGAGUAUGUCUGUGAGAAGGGGCUGCUGCCAGGGUUCGUCAUGCCCGCGACGGCUGAGUCGAUGUGGUUUAUUGGGAGGUCGCUGAACCAGAUUCGCGCGAAGAGCGUGGGGGAUUACACUCUGAGGGGGGAGGAUCACCUGUCGUCGCAGCUGACUAGAUUGGCAUCGUUGAAGCAUCCGAUCGAUUCCGCUACGUUUGCAAGGACGAUUGCGGAUAUAAGGCACUUUCUGUCGAGGACGACGCUGCAACGGCUGCUGCCGUUGAGUAGAGUGCUCGAUACACUGCAGUUAUUUCGAGACUUCUUCCUGCUUCGCCGGGGCGAGUUCGCUAUGGCAUUGACUCAGCAGGCCGACGAGAAGAUCAGGAGCCGGUGGAAGCGGGCGGAGAACCUUGCCUACGAGAAGCGGGACGGCUUCGGCAACGUCACGGUGAAAGAAGGGGAGGUGGCUACUGUCUUGGCAAGAACCUGGGCUGCAAUGGGGUCCAUGCAGGGCGAGCAUGCAGAUGAAGACGAGGGCCUCGAGCUCGCUCGGGAUCUUCUACGGCUAACGGUGGCCAAGUCGAGGACAUCUACAUCGACGACGCCGGCCGCCAUUGAGAGCGGACUUACGGCGAUCGCGCCGACACCCUUCCGCAACCUUCUCUUCUCGGUCCCUGUCGUCUUAACUCUGCAAAUACCCUCACCCCUCGAUCUCUUUCUCAGCCAGUCAGAUCUGCAGACGUACACUGCGAUAAACUCGUACCUGCUUUCCCUCCGACGGGCCCACCUUCGACUGACUGAUCUGUGGAAAAUCACAUCCCUCCGGAGGCACCAUCCAGCGCCUCCCGGCCCACCCUACGGAAGCACUCGAGGAGGAAGGGAGAAAGUGCACCUUCUCCGUCAACGUCACGCCACAAGAUCGAGCAUACUGCGCAACGCAUGGGCCACGGCAAGCGCCGCCAUCUUCUUCCUCGGCGAGAUAGAGGGAUAUCUCCAGACCGAAGUCGUCGCGGGACUCUCGGACGGCUUUCACCGGUGGCUGAGGACGGGUGAGGACGACUCGAGACACAACGACGACUCAUCUAACCAAACCUUGACCACGUCACCAGCCAGGGAAUAUGACGGGCCGGAUCAUGCUCCCGACGACAACGACGAUGACAUCUGGCUACUAGAAUCUGGCCCCGCCAGCCCCCGCUCCCCGUCAAGAUCCCAACAACAGCAGCACCAAAGAAGAAGCCACAUGCGCCACGACCCCCAAACUCUGGCAACCGCACACCGGCGUUACCUUCGCACCCUCGUGCACCGCCUCCUGCUGUCGCAGCAAUUCUUCACGGACCCGCUGUACGAGCUGCUCGUGCAGAUCGACCACCUCGUCGCGCUGGUCCACAGGCUGCACUCCGUCUGGGCCGCGGCCGAUCUCGAGGCCGACGCGGGCGUCGUCGACGCCUUUGUCGAUCUGGAGAAGGAGGAGCGGGACGUGCAGAGGGAGAUUCGGGGUGUCGAGGGCAGAGUCAAGAGCGGCAUUGAGGGGCUGGUCGGGGAAUUGAGGCGGUUGGAGGGGGCUGCUGGCAGCUUGUUGUUUUCGGGCAGCGGAGAGCAAAGUGACGGGGAUGAGGCGGGAGAGGCGGUCCGCAUGAGGGAGAGCGGCGAGUACGCGCCGAGACGGGUGGGCGGGGUUGAUAGGUUGUUGAUGAAGCUGGAUUUCGGGAGUUGGUUUGGCAGGGGAGGGUUGGAGGUGGAUGUGGAUGCGAUGGAGGAGGAUUGAUCGGUUUAUGAAGGUGCCGGCUGACUACCUAGGUAAGGUUAAGGUUGCCUACCUUGUGUUAAGGAUGGAGGUUGCAGGAUGUUUGGUCCAUGGUGUAGCGGGGAAUGGCGCCUUAUUGAUGUUCGGAUAUGCUUUCGCAGGAUCACCUUCAUAGUUUAUACCCCCGGGGGUUUUCGAGUAAUUAUGUUAAAAGGGCCUGGUCCGGCGUCAUAUGGCCAUGUUAGCAAGAAUAAGGCCUGAGUUGGCAAAAGCUGGUACUAUGGCGUUUGAUUAUCUCAGCUAGGCGUACUGACGAUACUUGUGCUCGCUGUU